CGCGGUGCGGUCGAUCGUGUUCGCUCUCCUCGCGCUCGUAGAGAAAAAACGCGCUCCCAUCUCGCUCGCGCGGGUGGAUCACAGGUCGUGAUUGGUGAAAGAGAGAGAGAGAGAAAGAAGGAGAAACAAUCUUCGCGCGCGAGUCUGGACCGAUCGUGAGAGAGGAGAGUGAUCUCUCGAGAGCCGGAUCCGCCGUGACUCACGAGAGAACACCUCUUACUUUUCUCCGACAGUCGCUCGAGGACUCGCGAUCGCGUCGGAGUUCCGUGUGCGCCUAUAAUUCGAGUUCUCGAGUUCCUGAAUUCCUGAGUUCUCGAGUUCAAAAGUUCCGCGCGCGCGCUUGUAAUUCGAGUUCCCGAGUUCUUGCGAGUUCUCGAGUUAAAAGUUCUCCGAAGUGCGUCUAGGUGCGAAAGAAAGUUCCUUCUUCGUCAUCUCGCGAGAUGCUGGGCUGAUCAUCAGCUCCUCUUCUUCUUCUUCGGGGAAAGAAGAAAUUAUUACGUGUCGGAAUUCGCAAACUCACAACGAUUCCUCGAAGUGACGUCACAACUUGUUGAAGAGAGAACAUGCGGACCGGAUGUGACGUCGCUUGUAUGAUCGAUGACGGGUGAUCAUUCGUGCGAUUCUGGUGUUUCAAAAAUGUAUUCAGUUUUUUUUUGGUCCCACGAAUUUUAUAAUCCCGCUCCCAUAAAUCGCCUGGACUGAUCCGGAGCGAUCGUAAAUCUCUGACUUUGCCAACAAUUUCGACCAAUUGCACCUGCAAUCUGCAUCUAGUGUUUUAUCGAUAUUUUUUAUAACGAAAAGAAAUUCAUGGAAAAUAAUAUAAAGUAGAAAAAAAAUUGAUGACACAAUAUUCACUGUUUUUAACUUCAAGUACACUUGAGAAGGACCAAAACUGACGGUCGAAACAUUGUGAUUUAUUAAAAAUUAAAUAUUAACUAGCCAGUAUUGGUCGAAAAAAUUAUCUCUUCUAUUAUUGAUUGGCAACAUCAAGAAUUCGAUUAUUGUUGAAAUAAAAUAUAGCUGGAAGAGAGAAAAUACUUCUCGACUUUGCGAGGGAAAUGAUGAAGAGUGGUCGCGCGUUCACGGUUCAACGCCUCACGAUAUCAGUCAGCUGAUGAUAUUCGUCUAGUGUACGUCGUAGCUUUCUCCAUCUCUCGCUCUCUUCGGCCUAGGUUGCGCGCUGCUCGAUAGUCCGGUUAUAUUUAGCGCCGGGUGCCGGGAGGGAGAAAAGGGACAGAAGAAGGAUUCCGAAGAGAGGCUGAGUCGGUGCACGGCGACCUCUCGAAAGGGUCGUCAUGGAAAACCGAUCCGAUCGAAAGGAGGAAAGAGAUACGUAAUCAUUGUUAUUACACCGCGACCUCGAAGAGAUAUUGUGUGCACCCGAUUCUGGGAUUAAUCCGCGUCUUCAAAGGCCGGAGUCCUGCAUCUCUCUCUCUCUGAUGUUGCUACGAGAUCUCGAACGCAGAUCGCAUAGCAGAAACACCCGAUACGCAAACACGCGACGAUGAGGAAUGAAUCGAAGGGGAGAAUUGUUCGUGUCAAGUGAUCGAAACGUAGUAUCACCCAGGGUGCGAUAACAGUGCGAGCACAGUGUUCUUAUCAAUAAUUCGAGUUAACAACGUGAUAUCUGAUCAAAAUUCGACGUCGUAGAGAGAAGAGGAAAUAUUUAUUAUCAAUCAUCACAAAUAAAUCGAUCGCGCUGUAAACGUCACGAUAGAGUCCGAUGACAGUCGGACUUUUGACAGCUGGUUCCGAUAUCGGGUGACGUAAAAAUCGCGCCGUUGCUCGAGAGAUGCGAAGACAUGCUGACGGCUGAAGAUCCCGAGGAGUCGCCCAAGAGGCGGUCCACAUUCUACGUGCCACUGGACGGCGGCGAGGCUCCUGUCAGCCGACAGUCGGUCGCCAAACUGACCAAGGGUCACUCGGCGGACAACGACAAAUUCGUCUGCAACACCUUCCCGAUCGGCAGCACGUCCAAGGCGCCCGCGAACGGCGGUCCCUUAACACGGACCCUGAGCAACAACGAUGGCUUCUCGUCGACCGCGAGGAGAAACGCGGACGAGAGCGCCGGUUUGCCCGAGGUGAGAGGCAAAGUUCAGUCGCUGACGAGGAUCUUCGAGGCGUCCAAGUGCGACAGGAUGCCAGCUGGGGGUCAAGCUGGUGAACAGAGGAAGGUGGAAAGGACGAGAUCCUUUAAGACGAUUGAACGAUUCCAGAGGUUCGCCGGCAGAAAAGAGUCCGGAAGCAGAGCCAAGGAUAGUCGUCUGAACAAUACCAUGUCCUGCUUCGAAGUGGAGGACGAUUCGGGAUGCAGGAAGAAGCUGUCGAACGCCGAAGAGAAGUCCGUUGCGACGAGGAUUGUCAUCGAGGCUCCGAAGACCGGGUCCUCCCGAGGUCAUCAGGAGCAGAAGAGCAAGCAGGGCACGACUUUCACGAAUUUGCUGAUUCGGAGAACUCACAGCACGAAGCUGUCGAGGAGCAACAGUACGCUCGUGCGAAUCGGAAGACAGACGUCCGUCGAUAGUUCCUGCAACCCGGUUGAAAAGACGGAUCUUCGUGCUAAUAGUGAUAGAUUCAAGGACGAGGAGACCACCGAGGAUCAUCCUGUCCCCGAUGACGAAUGCGUCGAAGCGUCCGUCUUUGAAGACGCCGACAUCGAUGGCGGAGUGCAUUCAGACACAUCGUACGAGAAGGCCUGUCGAAGGGGUAGCGCACCCGCCACUCCUGUGCUUGGGGCGCGACCCUUGGAUGUCACCCCGAACAGGAUCGUUAAUUUCUUCUCGAAACGGUCGUUCCGGUCGAACCCUCUGAAGAGAACGAAGAGCGUAACGAAGCUCGAGCGGCAGAAGCAACGAGGCGCCGGUCUUCGGGGUUGCCGUUCGCACGAGUCUCUCUUAUGCGGACAGGCGGUGACCUCGAUGGACCUCGCGGCGGUGACGCCGCUGCAUCCCAGCCUCCUCGGCAGGCCGCACUGCUUCCAGGUCACGCCGAGCACCGGCGGGCCCAAGUAUUUCAGCUGCAGAACCGCUCACGAACGGGACCAGUGGUUGCACAGCUUAAGGAAAUCCGUUCAGCCGGAUGCGGAACAAACACGCCGAACGGACAAUUCCCUGCAGAUCUGGUUAUUGGAGGCGAAAGGUGUACCUGCAAAGAAGCGAUACUUUUGCGAGGUCUGCCUGGACAGCACCUUAUACGCGCGAACGACUGCCAAGCUGAAGGCUGACUUGUGCUUCUGGGGCGAGCACUUCGAUUUUCACCACUUGCCCUCCGUCAACACGAUCCAGGUUAAUCUGUACAGGGAGGCGGACAGGAAAAAGAAGAGGGACAAAAAUGUUUUAAUAGGUUCUGUCAGUAUACCGGUGCACAACGUGACCUCGCGUUACCUGACGGAGAAAUGGUAUACUGUAGUAGGUGACAAAGGACCUCUCAAGGAGCCACCCGCAUUAAGAGUGAAAUGCCGCUUCCAGUCGGUCGACAUUCUGCCAGUUCAGGUCUACCAAGAAUUUCUGGAAUAUCUGAAGACCGAUUACGCGGCGCUAUGCGAGAAACUGGAACCCGUCAUAGGUGUCAAGGCGAAGGAGGACAUCGCGACUGCCUUGGUGGCAGUCAUGCAACGGGAGAAAAAGGCGCCGCAAUUCCUCGCGGAUCUUGUCAUGAUGGACAUUCAUCGAAUAGAUGAUGAAAGACUCACGUUUCGAGGGAAUUCGUUAGCUACGAAGGCGAUGGAAGCCUACUUGAAACUGACCGGGGACAGAUAUCUACAGGAGACUCUGGGAGCGGUUGUGAGAGGCGCGGUCGAAGGCGGCGAUUGCGAAGUGGAUCCGCUCAAGGUCGCUUCCGUCGCCGCGUUGCACAAACAACAGCAGAACCUUCGCAACGCCGUGGAGCUAGCCUGGAGCAGAAUAUUGUCGAGCCACUCUCACUUUCCGCUGGAACUGCGCGAGUGCUUCCGCAUCUUCCGCGAACGUCUGGCCGAUCUGGGUCGGGAGGACAUCGCGGACAAUCUUAUUUCCGCGUCGAUCUUUCUGAGAUUCCUCUGUCCCGCCAUUCUCAGUCCAUCUCUCUUUAAUAUUACUCACGAAUAUCCGAACGAGAAAGCAGCGAGAAAUCUCACUCUGGUCGCAAAAACGCUUCAGACGCUCGCAAACUUCACGAGAUUCCAGGGCAAGGAAAACUUCAUGGAAUUCAUGAACGAUGUACUCGAGCGUGAAGCUCCGUCUAUGAAGAAUUUCUUGCAAUUGAUUAGCAACCCACUGCCAAAGGACGCGCCGGCCAACACUUCGCUCGAGUUUGACGGCUAUAUAGAUUUAGGCAAGCAGCUGUCGCUGCUGCACGCUCUUCUGCGAGAAAGUAUGGCGGCGAUAGUGCCCUCCUCGCCGUCGAUGCCGCCGUCACGACUGCCCGAGAUCCUCGACAGAAUCUCCUUGGCUCUGGACCAGCCGGGUCCGAGUCCGGUGCCCGCCGCUCAUCGUUAUCCGAAUCUACAGAACAACAUUUUCCGCUACAACGACCCGACGAUCGCCAACAGCAACACGAAUCUCUCCAUCUCGGCCACGUCGACCCUGAGCAAUCACAGCACGAUAAACGGCACGAUCAGGGACAGCAACGAGGUGCUGCAGACCAACACUCUCGGUCACAACAGCUCGCGCAGCCCGAAUGUCGCCAGGGCGGCAACUCUGCCGCGAAACGCUUACCUGCCGACGAACGGCAAGCUGCAGCUGCAAAUCAGCUCCGACGACUACCCUCUGGAGCCACCGGCGUUCGUCUCGCGCUCGCCAACGCCGAUCACGCGGCAACACAGGCCCCUCGGGUCUAAUCGUUCCGGGCCCGGUUACAGACUGACGGCCAGCGCGAGCCUGGCGAACGUCAAUCACUGCCAGACUCAUCCGACGAGUCCCACGCGUUCCGAGAGUCACAAUAAUCUAAAGGACUCCAACUAUAACAUCACCUCGCCGCAGAACAAUCAGCCGGGCAACGGAAGCAUUGUCUUGCAGCAGCAGCAGCAACAACAUCGGCACAACAUCGCGCGCCUCGCGCAGAGUCUCGAUAUGCAUGAUCGCGAGGACAAUUACAAUCACAAUAACUACAAUGUCUCGAGGUCCGCCAGCCGGAAUCACUGUCACAAGGAGGAGAACGCGAAUCAAACGCAGCAGCGCAACUACAAUGUCUCGAAGACUACGGUGAACGCGAAUGUAGUCGUCAAUCCACCUACGAAUCUCACGUUAUCUAUUAAUCAUCAUCAGCCCAAUAACAAUUACAAUCCUUCGAAGACAAACAAUCACCACGCCACGUCCGCCAACGGCAAUCUCGACGAACUGUCCGAUUUGCUAAGAUACGCUGACGACGAGGUGUCGGAGUCCAAAUCGCAGAAAGGCUCGCAGAUCUCCAUCUCGCAGCUGAGCAACGUGGCUUCUUCCGGCUACCAGAGUUUCGCCGCUUAUAGUCAGAGCUCCAGUCCGGUAGAUCUCAGCAGUAACAACGCGAACGCGCAUAUUCUCGGUGCAGCGCCGUUGGCGUUCGCCAACCCCGUUUACCACAUGGAAUCCAAUCACGCGAGAACUGGUAGACGAGAUAGCAGCAGUUCCGAGGAGAGAGAGGGUAGUGGCGGCGGCGGUGUCGAUAGUGUAAGAGGAGUCGACCUGAGUCCCUCACCACCACCGAAGAACAACAUGCGAAAUCACCAAAGGAAUAAUCAGAACCAGUGGCGACAGGGCAAUCAAACCCACAGAAACAACUUGGAACACGCACAGGACGUCUGCACAAAACUCCGAAGGAGGCUCUCCCUGGACUCCACCAGGGACCUAUCGGAGGACACCAGUGAAGAGGAGAAUUGCACUACCAGGCGGAGCAAGUCUCGCAGUCAUCGAAGCAUCGAUCAGUACGAAGUGGAUAUGUUUGAAGUGGAGAGGUUGCAGAAUAGCGUAGAUCGGCUGCGAUUACGCGCGCGAUUAGGUGCUACCGACGAUGCCGAUUUAGACCUUGCGCCCGACAACAACAUGAAGAGCAUCAUUUCCAGAUUAAUCUCCGUGGAGGAGGAGCUACGUCGCGAGCAGCAGAAGAUGUCGGCGGCGUUGUCGUACAAGCAGCGCGUGAUCGACGCGCAGGAGCAGCAAAUAGCCGCCCUGGGUGCCGCGAAUUCGCGCCUCAUGUCGACCAACGCGAGUCUGCUGUCGGCCUUGAGCAAGCAACGGUUUAACGCCAAGUCCCAGGCGAGCACCGAGGCUGCGCCGCUGCUGCAGAACAUCGCUGACAUCGGCGAACUUAAGAGCUCGUCGUGCUAAGCGACUUGGUCGAGAAAGAAGAGAAGAUCCUUCAACCCUGACGAAACUGUUCUUUGAAGAGUGCGGAUCUGCAGACGAUGACGCUCGUCUCUCCCUUGAAUGAUGAUCUUGUAGCAAUUUCUAUCAGACGAUUGGGUUUGUUGCCGGAUGUAAGGAUUCUGAUAGAAUUGAAUUUUGCGAACUAAUGCGUGAGGAAUUUUCUCACCGUUUGGAGAGAUGUGCCGAGAAUGUAUGGGUCUUCCUUGUGCGAUUCGCUGCACACAUUCUCGCCUGAGUAAUUAACAAAAUUUUGCGUUCGAAACCUGUAAACAUGAGUAUAGAGUGUCGCAAAAAUUUGAGAAUGCGUGAAGCAUCGUCAGAUUGAGAAACGCAGCACGGAAUAGAUUAUACAAUCACAAAAAAAAAAAGAGAAUGGCGCGCGAAAAAAUAGAGGCUACUUAGUGAAUAGACAGACCAAGUAAGUAGAAAAUUUUCGUCGAGUUUAUAUAAUGUGACAUAGCGUUAGGCUAGGUUUAUUUGUAAAACGCGAGUAAAAGGAAAACCCGCGACUCGUCCGAGAAUCUCCGAGAUUAUCACCGGAAAUUGUCCCGAAGACGAUAAUGGACCCAGUGAGAAUUAAAAAAUGAUAUCGCGUCCGCGAGUCUCCCUUCGACCUUGGCGACUUUGCUUCGUUCGGCAAGAACGAAACGAAAGUGGCAACGAGACCAAUUUUUCAAUGUUAACUCUCAAAUUGAGAGUCUUUGAAUACGAAUUAUUUAUACGAAUCAUAUGUUUGUUUCCAAUUAACAAGCGCGCACGAAUAGAAGUUUACAAGAAUAAACUUUGUUAAAACAAUAUUUGAUAUGUAUGUAAAGUACGAGUCAAAAAGUUUAAGUACACGUAGCUUCUAGCUUAUCAAUUAUAUACAUAUAGUCAAAUUUUUACUCUGCCUUGCAAAUUGCACGAUAUGACAGUUUGUACUGGGUAUGCAAAAAGAAGGAUCAAGUUCCAAUUGGGUCACCUAAUUAAGAAUUAUCUCGGACACUCGGAUGACACGGUGUACCCCGAAGAAGCCCCGAUCGACGAAUUGCGUACAUUCGUUUCCCUUGUUUCUACAGUAUAGUAUUUAUCUAUUCACGCACAACCACAAACACAAACACACACAUGCACCAUAAUACUUAUAUAAGCAUAAUACACGAGGAUUAAUAAUAAUAUUGGCGACACAUUAAGACAUACAAAGCUGCAUCCUGGAACACCGGAUCCGUAAACCGCAGGUAUAGGUGUGUAUAUUUUUCUAGUUUGUUCCCUUUCGAGUGUGCGUAGUCUCUCACGAUCCGGAAGAAAACGCGAUUCUCAAAUUCUUACGCGCGAUUUUCGAUCACUGAAGCCUGUGUUACGGCUCAUCACGACGAAUAUUUAUAUAGCCGGAAAAUAUUAUAUAUAUAUAUAUAUAUAUAAUAGUUCGCGCGAUUCAUUUUUUAAACCUUCGAGAAACGGAAGACACUUCUUCCGCGACCAAAAAAAAAAAAAGAAAAAGAAAAAAAAUAGGCGAGAGUCCGUCGAGCGACAGAGCUCUCGACGAAUUGACUCAUCUCCAAAGCGACGUUCUUCGAAUUUUUCUAUAUCUCGACGAGCCGCGUGCAAUCUUUUACCUUUGCAUCCAGCACGUGACCCUUUAUUACCCUAAGCGACGAUAUUUAUUUAGUAACGUCUACCAAAGAUGAAGAAUUUCACAUUGUAAAGAGAGAGUAAUCGAGAGAGAUUUAUGUAAGAUAUUUGGUUUUUUUUUACCGUUCCCGGUGAUGGAAUAAUUAAUUAUUAAUUAAUUAACAUACGCAUGGAAUCACGAACGCGGCGGGAAGCGACGAAAAUUCGAGAACCAUUUUUUCUUCUUGCUUCGCCAUCGCAAUCGAGAUUGAUCUGUAAAAAACAAAUCUGUUUUCGAGAUUCCCGAGCCGCGUAAAUCGCAGAUCGCCCGAUAAUUCUGCACACAAGUAGCGUAAAACGCAUGACAUUUGAUUAAUUGAUUAAUUAGAUUUUUAAGAAUUGUCUCGCUCGUUCGCAAAGCAUUAAAUGUGUUACGUUUUACAUCACAAUAACAAUUAUUCUUAUCGUAGCCAUUGAUCGUACAACACGAUGUUGCGUAAAAGAUUCGAGUGAGAGAACGAGCGGGAGAGAAUGAGAGAUUGUAAGAGUAAUUCCAUGAUGAGAGAAGUGAGAGAGAAGAUUAUAAUCAGUCUAAUCUCGUUAAGGAAAAAAAAAGUAUUAUCUCGUCGACUUUGUAUCAUAGCGUUAUUUCUCGCGUUUGAGUUUCUUGCCUCACGCCGAUUAUUUUUGUAUAGAGAUUGUCCUACCUUUUUUCUUAUUUUAUUUCUUUUUGUAUUUUUUACUUCACCUUUUCCAUUUCCCAUGUAAAACCAUACUAUGCUGCGAACCCUCCUGCCUUUUUAGAAGCCUUUUUCUUCCAAACUUUACUUUCCUCGACUCGAGUCGAGUUUUUGCAUCUUAUGAAAAUUAAUAUAUUAACACUACUUCUCCCUUCUUGUUGGACAAUGUAAUCGAUAAAUAUCUAUUUAAAGAAUCACUUAAAUAGCGUGUACAUUAUUAAGUUUUGGUAUAUUCGUUUCUGCAAUAGACCACCUGUAUUUAAACAUAUAGCGACUAUUACACUACAUGAACAAAUAAAUACGAUUAGACAUAUUAUAAA